UUUAAUUACAUUAAUUCACUAAGCAAGCACUAAUUCAUUUAAAUAAUCAAAUAGAAAAAAUAUUUAAUACAUAACAACUGGUUAAACAAUUAAUAAGAGGAACUCAGGCCUAGUGAUUAGAGCAGACCAGUCCCUACAAGCAGCACCCGUUCACGAGUAUGACGGAUGAGCCAGCCAUCACUGCGUUUGACCAUAUUUUAGGGCCCAAUGACCCGGCCCACCACGCAGCCACAAGUUUGGACAUUUUAGUGAGCAUGACUACUCAAAACACUAGACCACGUCAUAGCUACUUACAAUUGCCAUCUGAUAGUUAUAGUAUUCACAUUUUACAUGCAAGAAUGCAUGCGGCAAUCAAUACAAAACCCGCUAUGCUUUCAUAUUUCUAAAAUAAUUAAAUCAAGAAAGCAAUGAGAAAAAUAAAUUAUAAUGUUGUAUGCUAAUAAACUAAUUAUUUACUUGAUAUGUUGUCAUCUAUGAAUUCGUCUAUCCUGUAAUAGGCUUUCUUACACAAAAAUUGUUUAAUAUAAGAUUUGAAUCGCCUCUCUGUCAGAUUUAGUGGCAGUUUAUUAUAAAAUCUUAUGCAAUUACCAUAGAAUGAAUUACUGAUUUUGUACAGAUGGCAUUUAGGUAAAAUUAGCUUACUUUUAGUGUGUAAGUGUCUACUUGCAGUCUUUGAGUUUUUUUAAACUCUCUAAGUUCUUUUGUGUAUACAUUAUAUUUUCAUAAAUGUUAUGUGAAGUGACAGUGAGGAUAUUUGAUUUUUUAAAACACUGACAUAAUGACUCUCUCAAACCCAUACUAUAAAUAGAAUGUAUGGCUCUCUUUUGUAAAAUAAAUAUAGUAUUUAUAUUGGCUGCUUUACCCCACAGCAGUAUGCCAAAUGACAUAAUGCUGUGUAAAUAACUAAAGUAUACAAGUUUAGCCAUCGCCGCAUCUGUUAAUUGCCUAAUUUUUCUAAUUGCAUAUGCAGCAGAACUGAGUCUACUGGCCAAUUUUGAAAUACGGGGCCCCCAUUGUAAUUUCGAGUCCACUGUUAUACCUAAAAAAACUGUAUCAUUAACAAAAUUUACUAUUUCAUCAUUAAGUAAUAACUGUGUAUUUCUUGAUCUUACAUUAGGAAGUGUAAAUUUUAUACACUGUUUUGCUGGAAUUUUAUAAUAGGUUAUUACAUGUAAACCAAUUUAAUAUAGUAGGUUUUAGGGACAUCAAGCAUCACUGCUUUUGUAAUAGAUAAACCUAUGAGCCUCAGAUACAGAAGAUUUAUAUACAGUAGCUUUUCAGAAUAUAGUAUCACAAUAUGGCAAAGAAUAUACAUUUGAUAUAAAGUUAAAGAUAAUGGGUCGUCAAAGUCAUGAGUCUGCACAGAUUGUAGUGUCCAGUCUUGAUUUACCAAUUUCUCCUGAAGAGUUUAUGGAACAAUGUAAAGAACAAUAUGAUUUGUUGUUCCCGGAAUCAAAACUAAUGCCAGGAGCCAAAAGAUUAAUUGAACAUUUACAUAAUAAUAAUGUGCCAAUUGGAUUAGCAACAAGUUCUAAUUUAGAGAAUUAUGAGUUGAAGGUGAAUAAACAUCAUAAAGAGCUAUUCACUCUAUUUCCAUACAAAACUAUUGGCUCAUCAGACCCUGAGGUUAAGAGAGGUAAACCACAUCCUGAUGUUUUCCUUGUAGCUGCUUCAAGGUUUCCAGAUAAACCAAAACCUGAACAGUGUUUAGUAUUUGAAGAUGCACCGAAUGGAGUAAAAGCCGCUCGUGCAGCUGGAAUGCAAGUAGUCUUAGUCCCUGAUCCAAGAAUUGACAAAAGCAAAACUGUGGAGGCCACUCUUGUGCUAAAAAGCUUAGAGGACUUCAAACCAGAAGUCUUUGGUUUACCACCAUUUGAUAAAUACAGAAGACUUAUACACUAUAGGAUUUCAGAAAGUAGCUUCGCGUUAUGGCAAAGAAUUUACGUUUUCCCUAAAAUGUAAAAUAAUGGGCCAGCAGAGCAAGGAAUUUGCUAGCAUUAUUAUAAAUGAACUUGAUUUACCCUUAACAGUUGAUGAAUUUUUAACAGAGAUACGUAAAGUUUUUAAUGAUUUGUUCCCGCAAUGCAGAAUAAUGCCUGAUUGUUCCUCUUCACUUAUAUUGUCAGAUGAGACGAAGAAGUGAACUUCACUGAACCUGUUGGAAAAUUCCGUUUUUCAAUAGCAUCCGAACCGAAAAUCCGUUUU